AUGGCGACCUUAGCUGACGAACUGCUCAAUGACUUCGAGGAUUCCGGUGACGAAAACAACGAUCAAGCAAAUGGUUUCCAAGAUGGAGACGAAGCAAAUCAUACAGAUGGCCUGGGACCUACGACUGAUUACACAGAGCGAGGUCACGAUGAGGAAGAGAUAGGAGAUGCCGAUGAAGAUCUCGCUGCUCAACAGGCCGCCGUCGCCGAGGCCGUCGACGAUGAAGAAGAUACCAAGGCCAAGGUUGAAAAGAUGCGACUGGGAGGCGUCCGCGACGUGAGAAACGUUGCUGGUCUGAUGAAGACUCUAGAACCAGUUCUCCAGAAAAUAGCACAUUACCAGAACAUCCCGCCCGAUCAGCGGACAACCACCGUUGGCUCAAUUGAAGAUAAUCCUGAAUACGCUCUCUUGACUCAGGCGAACUCCCUCUCCACACAGAUCGACAGCGAAGUUAUUUUAGUCCACAAGUUCAUCCGCGAUCACUACUCUACGCGUUUCCCCGAACUCGAGACUCUCGUGGCCAAUCCGCUGGAUUAUGCCAAAACUGUCGCGAUCAUAAAAAAUGGACCCGUGGACAACAUCAAAAGUUUGGCCGAUUCUACAGACAAUAUUGUCGGGGCUCCUCUUAGGUCUAUCUUGGAUGGGCCGACGUUGAUGGUUGUCACAGUGGAAGGGACAACAACAAAAGGCCAAGAUCUGACCGAGCAAGAACUUGAAACAACUCUCCGGGCGUGCGAAAUGGUCCUGCAACUGGACAAAGCCAAAAAGGUCCUAACUGAAUACGUGCAAUCGAGAAUGAACGUCUUCGCUCCGAAUCUCACAGCACUUAUUGGUUCGCUAACCGCUGCUCAAUUACUCAACUUUGCUGGUGGGCUCAAAGGCCUGGCAAAGACACCCGACCGCAAUGUACCCGCCAUGGGCUCAAAGAGGCAGAGGCAAAGUGGUUUGGCCACCAAUGUGGGGAUCCGACAGCAAGGAUACCUCUACCAUUCACCCCUCAUACAAGAAAUCCCAAAUGACUUAAAGGUCCAAGCGAUGCGAAUCGUGUCAGGGAAACUUAUUCUUGCUGCUCGAGUCGACAGCGUGCAUCAAGCUCCCGACGGCUCAACAGGUGAACAACUCCUUAACGAGUGCCUACGACGGCUCGAUAAGUUAACCGAGCCUCCGCCGAACAGAGGUGUAAGAGCUCUGCCGGCACCCGAUGACAAACCAAGCAGGAAGCGUGGCGGAAGAAGAGCGCGCAAAGCUAAGGAAGCGUAUGCCAUGACCGAGCUCAGAAAGCAACAGAACCGCAUGGCAUUCGGCAAGGAAGAAAAGGAAGUCGGCUACGGGACGGGAGAGGAAACAGUGGGACUGGGCAUGAUUGGCGCUCAGAACGAGGGUAGGAUACGUGCCACACAGGUCGAUCGUCGAACCAUGGCGAAGUUGAGCAAGAAGAACCCCGGCUGGGGUGUCUCUGGUACGGCGACAAACCUAAACAGCGGCACAGUCACAUCUUUGCGGGGUUUUGGGUCUUCCUUAGCUGGAGGAAACGCCACUGCAAUCCGGACUCAAGGUCUUCGAAGCAGUGGUGUCGGAGCCGGUACCGCAAGUUCAAUCGCAUUCACGCCCGUCCAAGGUCUUGAGUUAGUCGAUCCAAAGGUGCAGGCCGAGCUGAAGAGGAAGCGUGAAGCUGAAAGCGCGGGCUACUUUUCAAGUGGCACCUUUACUCAACUCAGUUCUGCAACGACAAAUGGAGGGUUCAAGGUUCCUGGGUUGCCUCCGGCCAAGAAGACCAAUAUGGGGCCGCCCCCUGGGCCCUCUAAGUGA